AUGUCCAUCGAUUUGCCUGCCGAGGAGGAGCUCGUCCUCAAGCGGUGGAAGGAGAUCAAUGCCUUUCAACGCCAGGUCGAAUUGUCCCGCGGCCGCAAACCCUACACUUUCUAUGAUGGCCCGCCCUUCGCAACCGGUCUGCCGCACUACGGCCACCUGUUGGCCUCCACGAUCAAGGAUAUUAUUCCUCGGUAUUGGGCCAUGAAGGGCCACUAUGUUGAACGGCGCUUCGGCUGGGAUACCCAUGGUGUGCCCAUCGAGUAUGAGAUCGAUAAGAAGCUCGGCAUGUCCGGUCUGGAGGCGGUCCAGAAAAUCGGCAUUGAGAAGUACAACGAGGAGUGCAAGGCGAUUGUCAUGCGAUUUGCCGCGGAAUGGCGCGAGACCAUUGAGCGAUUGGGACGUUGGAUUGAUUUCGAUAAUGACUACAAGACUAUGAACUUUUCGUUCAUGGAAUCGGUGUGGUGGGUUUUCAAGCAGUUGUUCGACAAGGGUCUCGUUUAUCGGGGCCACCGGGUCAUGCCGUACUCGACGGCGCUCAACACCCCGCUGAGUAACUUCGAGUCCCAGCAGAACUAUAAGGACGUGCAGGACCCUGCGGUAGUGGUGACAUUCCCGCUGCUGGAUGAUCCGGACACCUGCUUCUUGGCCUGGACUACUACCCCAUGGACGCUUCCCUCCCACACCGGUCUUUGCGCCCACCCGAACUUCGAGUAUGUGAAGAUCUACGACGAGGCGACCAAGAAGCAUUACAUUCUUCUCGAGGCUCUACUUCGAACCAUCUACAAGGACCCGAAGAAGGCUAAAUUCAAGAUCGUCGACCGUCUCAAGGGCUCCGACAUGUUGGGUUGGAAGUACGAACCUCUCUUCGAUUAUUUCUACGAGGAGUUCAAAGACACUGGCUUCCGAUUGCUGAAUGGUGAAUAUGUCACCGCGGAAGAUGGUGUGGGUAUCGUCCACCAGGCGCCUGCAUUCGGUGAGGACGAUUACCAGGUCGCUCUGGACCACGGUGUUAUCAACGAGACUCGUCAUCCGCCCAACCCGGUUGACGAGCAGGGCCGCUUCACGGCCGAAGUCCCGGACUUUGUUGGACAGCACGUCAAGGCUGCUGACAAGGCCAUUAUCAAGCACCUCAAGGCUGCUGGCCGUAUUCUCGUGGACAGCCAGAUUACUCACAGUUACCCUUUCUGUUGGCGAUCGGAUACACCUCUGAUCUACCGCGCUGUGCCCUCGUGGUUUGUGAAGAUCCGCCCCAUCAUUCCGACCAUGCUUCAAGGUAUUGAGGAGUCCCACUGGGUUCCCUCUUUCGUCAAGGACCGGAGAUUCUCCAGCUGGAUUCGCAAUGCCCAUGACUGGAACAUCUCCCGGAACCGUUUCUGGGGUACACCGCUUCCCCUGUGGGUCAGUGAUGACUUCCAGGAGGUUGUCGCAAUCGGAAGUGCCGCAGAGCUCAAGGAACUGAGUGGCUACGAAGGUGAACUGACGGAUCUGCACCGUGACAAGGUGGACCACAUCACCAUCCCAAGCAAACAGGGCAAGGGUGUUCUUCGCCGUGUGAGCGAGGUGUUCGACUGCUGGUUCGAGUCGGGCAGCAUGCCCUAUGCUUCUCAGCAUUACCCCUUCGAGAACAAGGAGCAUUUCGAUAAGAGCUUCCCAGGUGACUUUAUUGCGGAGGGCUUGGAUCAGACCCGUGGCUGGUUCUACACUAUGACCGUUCUCGGCACCCAUCUGUUUGGUAAGCUGCCAUUCAAGAACUGUGUGGUGAAUGGUAUUGUCCUUGCGGAAGACGGCAAGAAGAUGUCGAAGCGUUUGAAGAACUACCCGGACCCCAACCUUGUCAUGGAACGGUAUGGUUCAGAUGCUCUUCGUCUUUACUUGAUCAACUCACCCGUGGUUCGAGCCGAACCCUUGCGCUUUAAGGAGUCAGGUGUCAAAGAAAUUGUCGGCAAGGUUCUUCUGCCAUUGUGGAACAGCUUCAAGUUCUUUGAAGGCCAGGUUGCACUCCUGAAAAAGUCCUCCAACAUCGAAUACGUCUUCGACCCCAAAGCUGAGGAAACCAACACCAAUGUCAUGGACCGCUGGAUCCUGGCCAGCUGCCAGAGCCUGCUCAUCUUCGUCAACCAGGAGAUGGCUGGCUACCGUCUGUAUACCGUCGUGCCUCGCUUGCUGGAGCUGAUUGAAAACACCACGAAUUGGUACAUCCGUUUCAACCGCAAGCGCCUCAAGGGUGAGAACGGUGUGGAUGACACUCUGCAUGCGCUGAACACCCUUUUCGAGGUCCUCUAUAUCCUGGUCCGAGGUCUCGCCCCCUUCACGCCCUUCCUGACCGACAACAUCUACCAGCGCCUCCUCCCCCACAUCCCCGAGUCGCUUCGCGGCGAGGACAGCCGCAGUGUUCACUUCCUUGCAUUCCCUGAAGUACGGCAGGAACUCUUCGAUGAGGUUGUCGAGCGCCGAGUGGCACGGAUGCAGAAGGUCAUCGAUCUGGGCCGCAUCUCUCGUGAGCGCCGGUCGAUCGGCCUGAAGACUCCUCUCAAGACACUAGUAGUGAUCCACAAGGACCAACAGUACCUGGAUGACGUGAAGUCCCUUGAGGGCUACAUUUUGGAAGAGCUCAAUGUCCUCGACCUGGUCCUGUCGUCUGACGAGGCCAAAUACCAUGUCCAGUACAGCGUCAAUGCCGACUGGCCGACGCUGGGCAAGAAGCUGAAGAAGGAGGUCCAGAAGGUCAAGAAGGCUCUGCCUUCCCUGUCAAGCGAUGACGUGAAGCGCUAUGUUACGGAAAAGAAGAUCCUGGUCGACGGAAUCGAACUGGUCGAGGGUGAUCUCGUCGUGAAGCGCGGUAUCAAGGAGGACGCAAACUCUGAAGGCAUGGAGACCAACACCGACGCGGAUGUCCUGACCAUCCUGGAUGCAAACCUGCAUCCCGAGCUGGCGCACCAGGGUCUGGGCCGUGAGAUCAUCAACCGUGUCCAGCGCCUGCGCAAGAAGGCCGGCCUAGCUCCCACGGACGACGUGAAGAUGGAAUACUCCGUUCUAUCCGAUCCAGACAACAUCGGGCUCAGCGAGGCGUUCAAAUCUCAGUCCCCGGCUAUCGAGAAGGCGGUGCGUCGGCCGCUUGAUGAGCGUGUCGUUGCGGAUGGCAAGCUCCCCAGCGCUGAUGAGGCGGGCACUAUCUCGCAGGAAGAGCAGGAGGUGCAGAACGCGACGUUCUUGCUGCGGCUGGUGAAGUUGUAG